GGGAGCAACGUGUUACGAUGUGCUGAGUACAAACACGAUAAGAGAACUGUAUAAAUUGACUGGCAUCUUAAUGCAACUGUCAAGUGCUUGUGUAACUCUCCGAUAUCACCAUGUUCAAAAAGACUGUGUUUUGCUUGCUCAUCGGGUGUCUCGCCUUGGCGAAGUCUAUUGAAGUUCCGGAUGCACUCAUUGAUGAAACACUUUCUGCCUGCAUGAAGGAGACAGACAUCGAUAAGGCGAAGCUCUCCGAAAUGUUCGAUGAUGAUUUCCAUAUAAAAUAUCCUCACGAUGUGACAUCGAAAAUUGUCGAAUGCGGCCUGGGCAAAGUUCACUUUUUCAACGAAGACGGCGGGUUUAACAGCAAAUUUGUUACUGAAGAUCUUGCAAAGUCGCUUCCAGUUUUUGUAACAGAUGAGAUUGACGCCAAGAAGGCGGACGAACUAGCGAAGGAAAUCUACCAUGAAUGCAGCACUCCGAAAGGGGAAAAUUUAGUAGAGAAGAUGGCCAAUUUCCACAAUUGCGUAAUGGUCGAAUUGAAGAAGAAAACAACCGCCGCGUAAAAUAACACGAUCUUAAUUGCAAAAAUAAAUUUAAAAUAGAAAUAAGGUACUUUGA